AUGGAAACGCAGAAAUUGCAUGCAUGGAAAGAAUGGGUCGCGAAGCAACAUCGGCAAAUGCGUAUGUAUAACGCGCAGGCGUCGUUCCAACAUUUGUUGAAUAAUGUAGAGGAGGAGACAGUGCCGGGCAAACGCGCAGUACCUGGAGUGGACAACGACUUAGAAGUGGACACAGUCAUGCGCCGAGAACAUAUGCCACGAGUGAGAGAUUUACCGGCACAGCAACUGCAUCCGCAACUGUACCUCAACAAGCCGCUAUGCGCUAAAAUAUGGACACUGAUCCUGGCCUUAGUCAUAGAACAGUGCAAAGUCGAACGCAGUUUGCAGGAUAGGGAGUUAUAUGUGGAUGCUCUAUUGCAGCAACUGUGA